ACCUAUAUAUACAUAUAGAGUUAUUCUCUCUUCUUCUCCCCCUUGCACUGCAAUGGCAUCAAGACAAUCAGAACUAUCUUCUUCAUGUUCCACCCUUCUUAAAUCCAGAUGGUGGUCGAAAGAGACAGUGGCAAUAGUGACAGGAGCAAACAAGGGCAUAGGUUUUGCCUUAGUAAAAAGAAUGGCAGAAUUGGGAUUAACAGUGGUUUUAACUGCAAGAGACAAUACAAGAGGAAUGGAGGCAGUUGAGUCUCUAAGGAAAUUAGGCCUAUCUAUCUAUUAUCACCAGCUUGAUGUGUCAGAUACUUCCUCCAUUAAAACAUUUGCUUCAUGGUUUGCCAAGAAUUUCACUGGCUUAGAUAUAUUGGUAAAUAAUGCAGCUGUAUCAUUUAACGAUAUUCACGAGAACUCCGUGGAACAUGCAGAGACGGUAAUAUCUACAAAUUUUUAUGGGCCCAAACGACUCAUGGAAGAACUCUGGCCCAUGUUUCGUUGUUCAUCCACUGUCGCUCGAAUUCUUAAUGUUAGCUCCAGACUUGGGCUUCUUAGUGUAAGUAAUUUUAUCAAUACAACCUCUCUCUUUUUCCUAAUUCGCCAAUAAAUAAAUAAAUAAAAUCUGUGUUA